AAACUCUUUUUUAUUUAGGCUCCAAGCUGGUACUAGAACGUCAAACCGCCGCACGAAGCACUACUAGCUUUGUAUUGUACGCAUCAAUCGCGGGUCCACCACGACGCCCUCGCAUUUCUCCCCGACCCGCGCCGCGCCACCUCCGAUUCCCCCUGACCCGCACCCUCUAGAAGCUGCUCCGCCCUUGACCGCACCGCGCCGCCGCGCCCGGGGGAGGCUAGGGUUACUUAUUCGCGGCGCCGGCGCCUGCGGGGAGGAUGGCGCUGGAGCUGAGCCUGGCCGCGGUGGCGCCGCCGCCGGCGGCGGGGCUGGUGCCGCCCCCGCCCCCGCCAGGGAAGGAGCAGCAGGUGGCCGGCGUCGGCAUCCUGCUGCAGAUAUCCAUGCUCGUGCUCUCCUUCGUGCUCGGACACGUCCUCCGCCGCCACCGCUUCUACUACCUCCCCGAGGCCAGCGCCUCGCUCCUCAUCGGUCUAGUUGUUGGUGGCCUCGCUAAUAUUUCAAAUACGGAGACCAACACUAGGACGUGGUUCAACUUUCAUGAAGAAUUUUUCUUCUUGUUCUUAUUACCUCCGAUAAUAUUCCAAUCAGGAUUCAGCUUAUCUCCUAAACCAUUCUUUGCGAACUUUGGGGCUAUUGUAACUUUUGCCAUUCUGGGGACAUUCAUUGCUUCUGUUGUAACAGGAGUUCUUGUCUAUCUUGGUGGACUGACAUUUCUAAUGUAUAAACUUCCACUGGUUGAAUGUCUUAUGUUCGGUUCUCUUAUAUCUGCAACUGAUCCUGUCACAGUGCUAUCAAUAUUCCAGGAACUGGGCAGUGAUGUUAACUUGUAUGCUUUGGUGUUUGGAGAAUCUGUUUUGAAUGAUGCGAUGGCAAUUUCUCUUUACAGGACAAUGUCAUCAGUUAGAAGUAAUGCGGCAGCUGGUGAUAACUUUUUUAUGAUGAUUCUCCAGUUCCUUGAGAUCUUUGUUGGUUCAAUGUCAUCAGGUGUGGGAGUUGGAUUUAUCUCUGCUCUGCUAUUCAAAUAUGCUGGAUUGGACGUCGACAAUUUGCAGAACUUGGAGUGCUGCCUUUUCGUUCUCUUUCCAUACUUCUCGUAUAUGUUAGCAGAAGGACUUGGCUUGUCAGGGAUUGUUUCUAUUUUAUUCACGGGGAUGGUUAUGAAGCAUUAUACAUACUCAAAUCUUUCAGACAACUCACAGCGCUUUGUUUCCGCCUUUUUUCACUUACUCUCGUCUUUGGCUGAAACAUUUGUCUUCAUUUAUAUGGGCUUUGAUAUUGCCAUGGAAGAACAUAGCUGGUCACAUGUUGGCUUCAUCUUCUUCUCAAUUAUUUUCAUAAUUGUCGCAAGGGCAGCAAAUGUCUUUUCUUGUGCAUACUUGGUUAAUAUGUCUCGGCCAGAACAUCGCCGUAUACCUCUAAAGCAUCAGAAAGCACUUUGGUUUAGUGGGCUUAGAGGGGCAAUGGCUUUUGCCCUUGCUCUCCAAUCUUUGAAUGAACUUCCUGGAGGACAUGGAAAAACAAUAUUCACCACAACCACAGCGAUUGUUGUUUUGACGGUACUUCUUAUUGGAGGGUCAACGGGAACAAUGCUAGAAGCUUUGGAUGUUGUUGGCGAUGAGAACACAUCAAUAGAAAAUUAUGAGGACAACAAUGGUUACAUUCCUCCGAGUUAUGACGAAGGUACAUCAUCUGGGGGAGGAUUGAGAAUGAAACUCAAGGAGUUCCACAAAAGCACGACGUCAUUCACUGCCCUUGACAAGAACUAUCUGACUCCAUUUUUCACCAGUCAGACCGAUGAUGACGAUGAGUUCAGUGAACAGCCCCAAAACCAAAGGCGAGGAUUCUAUGAUCAAUAGCAGAAUUUGAGCUUCUGCUUGUCAAGCUAACUACACGGUGCAGACUUGACGGCAUCAUAGCGUGUGUGAUUCAGUUGAACCAAAUAUACAAGCAUACGGUUUGUCUUAGUUGAGUAGCAUAUGGCAGAGGAUGCCUGUGUGCUAUAGGAUAGAAAUCAUAAGGCUCAAAUCAACUCUUCCGGGAUGAGGAUUGCUGUGCCGCAUGUAUAUGUAUCUGUAGGUCUCCUUGAGGACAUGGUGAAGCUCCUCCAAUUGAAAAGCAAAGUAUUGUUGAAACUGUCUGAGGACUGAGGAUAGCACUUGCCCUGUGCUAGGUUAAUUGUAAUAACCCAGAUCUUACCAUUGUGGUC